GCCAAGUCACAGCUCGUUGUUUUGAUGAAUUCUAGCUUAUUUUCUUCGAAGUGAUUAUGGAUAUAUACUAAAUGUUUAUCAGAUUUUAACGAAAUGAAGAUGAAACGAUGUGAAAGUCGAUGGAAGAAAGAUCAACUAGGUGACAUUACGAUAUUUGUCUGAGCACUGUAUACUGUGUUGUCCAAUUUGAAUGCAGUGAUGGCCUCUCAAAGUGUGUCUGAUACAGGCUCAUUUACACCUUCAGAGAAGAGUGAUGGUGAUGACCACAGUGAGCAUGAUUCAGACUAUGAAACUGACGAUGGAGAAGAAGAAAAUCGCAAGGACCUGGGAGUUAAGAAUGUCCAAUGGACUGGAUAUGGAAAACGUACUCCUGUGAUACUUUUUAGUGUAGAACCUCUGUUAAAUAAGAAAAAUGAUUACAAGCUGAUUGGAGAGAGAUACCAUUUGGCAUACAAAUUUGGUUCAUCAGAGUGCAAGAUCGUGCGCAAUAUCCUAACUGCACAUGGAUUUCAUGAGGUUCACCCAAACAGUGCUGAUUUCAACUUGAUCUGGACAAAUUCACAUCUUAAACCAUUCACUCUAAGAACUAUGACCGAGUUCCAGAGAAUAAACCAUUUUCCAAGAUCCUAUGAACUAACAAGAAAGGACAGGCUCUUCAAAAAUAUUCAGAGAAUGCAGCAACUUAAGGGUUUGAAACACUUUGACUUCAUUCCCAACAGUUUUAUUUUGCCUGGAGAAUAUCAAGAAUUUUGUUCCUCCUUUCUGAGAGAGAAAGGUCAUUGGAUUGUCAAGCCAGUGGCAUCUUCAAGAGGGAGAGGUGUUUUUCUGAUAAAUCAUCCCGAUCAAGUGCCAAUAGAUGAGAAUGUUAUUAUAUGUAGAUAUAUCUCCAAUCCUCUACUCAUUGACGGUUUCAAAUUUGAUGUUAGACUCUAUGUAACUGUCACAUCCUAUGAUCCAUUGGUUAUUUACUUGUUUGAAGAAGGUCUCACAAGAUUUGCAACAGUUAAGUUUGAAAAAAGCAAUCGAAGUCUCAGGAAUCAGUGCAUGCAUUUGACAAACUACAGUGUAAACAAGAAGAAUCAAGAUUAUGUGAAAAAUGAUGACCCUGAAGUUGAAGAUUAUGGCAAUAAGUGGUCUCUGGGAGCCAUGUUACGGUACUUGCGAUCUGAGGGGAAAGAUACUGCAGCUCUAAUGAUGCGCAUUGAAGAUGUGGUCAUCAAAACGAUCAUCUCUGCUGAGCUUCAAAUUGCAACAGCAUGCAAGAUGUUUAUGCCACACAGAGGAAACUGCUUUGAAUUAUAUGGCUUUGACAUCUUGAUUGAUGAAAAUUUGAAACCAUGGAUUCUAGAAGUGAAUCUGUCUCCAUCUCUUGCAUGUGAUACUCCACUAGAUUUGAAAAUCAAAAGCAAUCUGCUCUGCGAUCUCUUUGGACUGGCAGGUGUUGUUUGUCAUGACCCCAUGAUGAGAACUAUGCACCAGAGCAAACGCAACCAGGAUAUUGCAGCUAAGAUUGCAGCUAGGUCAAAGUCAGCUCGUGUUAGACCAUUAUCUGCGGCUUCGAAGCCACGUCCCAUGUCUGCCAAUACUCCAGUCGCUUCCAUUUUUAAUGAAAAGCCGAGUUCCAAUUCCGCCAUGUCUGGUUUGAACAGUGAAGAGAUCAAGAUGGUGAGGCGAAUUAAAGAGGAGGAUCAAAGGAGAGGUGGCUGGGUGAGAAUCAUGCCAACAGCAGACUCCUGGGAGAUCUAUUCAUAUUUUCUGCAGUUUAAUACAACACACAACCUUACCCUACAUCAAAAGUUGUAUCCUGAAAGGCAUAAAACUAAUAUUACCAGACCAGUUGCAUUAGGGAUGACAUCUGUUGGUUCAAGGUCAAGAACAGGAUUUUUGCAGAUCACUGGUUCUGGGCAGGGCAAAGUUGAUCAAGAGAAAAAUGUGGAAGCUUAUGCUCAAGCCAUUCUGAGAACCCGCCAGUAUGAGAGACGACUGGGUCACAGAAAGAGGAAAAACAGGAGUCACUUGAAAAAAAAAACAGCAGCAAAGAGAGAUACGAAAAGCAAACUAGUGCAGGGUGUUGUAGAGGAAGCAGAUGACUACAGUGAGCAGCAGUGUGAGGAAGACUCCACACCUGCCACAGAGACACAGACAUCUCCCGUGGAAUCACAGUCACUGGAGACGCAGACUUUUAACAAAGAACCCGAGUUCAACAUUAAAGAAACAGAAAAGAAAAUCAUUGUGGAAGUUGAACCAGAUGUACCACCACCCCACAUAGAGCCACUAGUUGCCACUACCUCUCUGCCUGCACUGCUGACCGAGGAGGACAAAACGAAGUCGGUUUACGUCGAGGACAACGAACGCGGACGGCCAGAGCCAUCGGCUAAUUCAAAACAUACCUGGGAGUCCAAGAUUGAGCUUCCUCCUCCCGAACCUGUUCUGACAAAACCACAAUACGAUGUUGUAAAUUUACUGAAGAAGGGUGAAACAUUAAGUAAAAUUCAAGCUCGGUCAGCAUUUGCUAUGUACCUUAUUCGAGUCCAGUAUCGCCUGAUGUCUAAUCUUGGUCCAAUGACACAAGAAGAUACAGAAGCAUUAAAUGAACAAAUGGACUUGGUGCUGAGGUUUCUGAAAAGGGCAGCAGUGAAUCUUCAACAGCCCUUCAAAGUAAUUGUUCCAAGUCGAAAACUUGUUCUGGCAGACAGACGGCGAAUUCUUGCCAAGCAGCUGGGAGAUUUUGUUCAUAUUUAUAACAAGGAAACUGAACAACUGAGAACACGUAGAAAGUUUGACAAGAGACAAAUUCCAAAAAGUGAAAGUUCAGAAUGCCUGAAUGAAUAUAAGUUUGAACGAUUUGUCAACACUGCAAGUGAAGGAGAACUGGAAGAGGUCCUCACUACUUAUACAAAGCUGAAUAAAUCUGCUAGCAUUUUCCUGGGAAGUAAUUCAAAGUCUCCCCUUGGUGGCAGUCAAGGAACUGCUGGCAUGAGCAUGCUGGGAACCAGGUCGGAUAGCUCUCUGUUGAAACGUAAAGACAGUACUGAUGGGAUAACCACCUGGGAUGAUGUACCUAGAGUGCGCAGUGCUUCUCACACUGACAUUAGGCAUGACAGUACAGGCGUGCGCAAUCAGCAGCAGCAGCAGCAUACCUCUUCCUUUUAUACGCCAUCUUCCUCUUAUGCCAGUGCUGUGACCAUAUACAGCAAGAGACUGGUUCGCCCGCAGUCUGCGACGCCGCAGAGGACAGGUGCAAAUUCUUUGAAUAGUAGAGGAACAUCAACAUUUUCUCGUCCAUCUACUGCCUCUACAUACAUUACACAAGAGCCCACAGUUGAUACUUACAACGAACAGGCAAUACACGAUGCACUUCAGCGUCUUUCAUUACGCCAGCAAGCCCGGCAGUAUGCAGCACUGAAUGGAACCAGCGUUUUGCCAGAACAAAGUACGCAACCACAAAGCCAUUCUGCCCAAAUCAGAUCUACUACUACUACUACUACUAGCAGGCUUCAAAUGGUAGGAGAUACUGCCAACAAUUCUCUGAUGACCACCAAACAAAAUACAGGAGCUCGGGGUGGUAGCCAUCAUUAUUCAGAGAGUCUGAAGUCCACAGAACCUGUUCAUAAAUAUAUUUCUAUGGAAGAGCACAUGACAAGGUCACGGCCAUCUUCAGCUUCCAGUCAUAUAUCAGCCUCAACAGGACCCACUAGUCUGCCUCCACAGGGCAAUAGCAGAAGAUCCCGUCCACACACUAAUGUCAAUCUACAGAAUGCUAAUUUGACUUUCAAUAACUUCAUUGAUGAGUCAGGCGCACAGUGGCACAACUCACAGAACCACCAGUCAUCAUCGCUGGUCUCUCGACAGUACCAGCUGACUCAGCAGACAGCGGCCAAACAGCAGCGGCUGAUGGAACAGAGCAAACAGCUGCUGGAGCAGAGCAAAGCCAAGCACCAGGCCAUGGUGGCACAAGCCCAUGCAGCUCAGCGCACCACAGAAAUGACAGUUGACAGCACUGAUAUCACUUUCAAUCCAAAGCCACCUUUGAGACCUGCAGGAAAGAAACCAAUGACUUCUCAUAGAUUGGCACGGACUGCAAUUGCAGAUGAUGAUGGUGCUCUGACAUUUAAUUUUUAUAAAAGUUUGAAGUAUGAUAUACAUACAGGAAAGACACACCUUAAGAAAGGUGAAGGUAAGAAUAAUAACUAAAAUAAAUAAAUUGUUUUAAAAAAAAACUGGUUCUGAUUAGUCGUGUUUUAAUCACCUGAACUGAUUUAGAUAAAACAAUGUUUAAUAGUGUACUGGUGCUACCAUUUUGAUAAAAAGUAGCUUUCUAAUAAAGUUACUUGUAGUUUUAAAGCAGUACUGUGAUAUGUAGCUUUGCUAGACAGCAUAUAUUCUCUUCUAGUAAUCACUACAAAACGUGAGAGCUUUGGCUACUUUUCAUGCAAGACUUGUUAAUUUGGUGUCAUGCAUUUUCCUAAUACAGAUUGUAUUUAUUCUUGUCGGAUCGGUUGGGUCUCUGAGUGGAUAAAGAAAUAUGAUGAGAUUCUUUAUUUUUUUCAGGGGUGGGGGUGGGUGGAAUAAUUACCAAGUACAAAUAGAUGUAUGUGUGGGAAAAUAAAUGUCACCUAAUGAAAGCUUAGUCUGUUAAUAACUUGAUUUUGCACUAUUUAACCUGGGAUUUAUAUAUCAACAUUAAAUGAAAUUCUGAGGCUGUAUUUAUUUUCUCUGUAUGUGCGUGUCUUUAGUAGAAAAAUAUAUUUUCACAUUGUUACAGUAAUUAUCACAUGCAUGUGUGUUUCAUUUUUUCUUUGGCAUUUUAUUUUAUCUACUUUAUGAUCACCUGCAAAAUAUAUAAUUAGCAUAGUAUAGUUAAUGGUGAUUUUAAGAACAUGUUUUGACAGGUUUUUAAAAGUGUUUUACUAGUAUAAUAUAUGUAAUAUAAUUUCUUAAUGAUUGGUUUGACAUACUUUUUAACUGGUUAUUAAGUGGUAUCUGCAUAAUAGUCAUGUGUAUAUAUUAUGGUCAUGUAUUCCAAGACAUUGAUAUUCCAUGAAGAUUCUUGCAUACCGGUACCUUAUUUGGUAUCAAAAUAUAGAAGAAGAAAAAAAAGAAUUGUACAGAUAAGCAUUAAGUCAUUAAUCCGGUAAAUAAAGGAUAACUUUUCUGGUUGUUCAAGUGUUGCCUUUUUUAAUAAUUUAUAUUUAUUUAAACUACAUGCAGAUACUGACUCAAGUUUUCUCAUAA